CUCACUGACCUACCGCUGAAACCUCCUUCUUCCCAUUCUCACCCCAGGGGAACACAGAUUUCCUUUACAAAAGCCAUGCCACAGAAUGUGCUUCUCCCUGGGCCGGCUCCCUGGGGAUUCAGGCUUACUGGGGGCAUUGAUUUCAAUCAGCCUUUAGUCAUAUCUAGGAUAACCCCAGGAAGCAAAUCCUCUGUGGCUAAUUUGUGCCCCGGUGACGUGAUCCUUGCCAUCGAUGGCUUCAGCACAGAGACUAUGACCCAUGCAGAGGCACAAGACAGGAUUAAAGCAGCUACAGAUCAACUGUGCUUGAAAAUUGACAGGGCAGAAACAAGAAUCUGGUCCCCUCAGGUCUGUGAAGAUGGAAAAGCACAGCCUUUCAAAAUAAAUCUGGAAGCUGAACCACAGGAUCUGGGCUUCUUUGAGCACAAGCACAAUAUCCGGCCUAAGCCUUUCAUACUGCCAGGCCGAAGCAGUGGAAGCAGCACCCCUUCUGGUUUUGACCCUGGCAGUGGACGCAGCACCCCUUCCUCCGUGAGCACUAUUGACCCUGUUGAGCUGAAAGCUGCCUCUAGGAUUGCACCUAAUGUUCCCUUGGAAAUGGAGCUUCCUGGUGUGAAGAUAGUCCAUGCCCAGUUCAAUACCCCCAUGCAGCUCUAUUCUGAUGACAAUAUUAUGGAAAGUUUACAAGGGCAGGUUUCAACCAUCCUAGGAGAAAAGACCCCAAUGAGCGAUCCAGUCCCUCCCUCUGUGCCUCAGUCAGAUGUAUACAAGCUUCUGCAUGAUGAUACAGAACAUCCCAGCAAGCCCAGGCAGUCCGGCUCAUUUAAAAUACUGCAGGAUAUGGUCGACGACGACCCUGAUCGCCCAUCAGGCACCAGAAGUGUUAGAGCCCCAGUGACCAAACCAAACACAGGAGCAGCUGCUGUACAGAAAGUGCCCAUCUGUGAUCGCUGUGGAAAUGGCAUAGUUGGCACAGUCGUGAAAGCAAAAGACAAAUUGCGCCACCCAGAUUGCUUUGUGUGCUCAGACUGCAAUCUAAACUUGAAACAAAAAGGAUACUUUUUCGUGGAGGGCCAGCUGUACUGUGAAGCUCACGCCAGAGCACGUAUGAGGCCGCCAGAGGGAUAUGAUGCCGUUACCGUCUAUCAUUAAAUCACUAAUUUGUGUCAAUAUGUAGGGCCAAGCUAUGAAAGAUUUUAAGAAAGCAAAGUUUGAUUUCACAGCGCAUAAUAUGUGUAUUAUUAUUUCAACAAGAGACUCAUCCUUCUGUCAAAGAAUUGAAAUGGAGCCUGUGAUGUCAACUGAACAAAGUAAUCAAGGCCCCACCAGAGGUUUUCUUGUUCAUUCGGUUCUUUAAUUAGAGAUUUUGUUUUGCUCAGCAUUUUUAUCAUUUUCCUGGUAAAUGUUUUCUUUUAAGUAUUGUCAAAAUCAUUUUUAUCAUAUUUUAUUGGUGUGCUGGUGCCCUUUACGAAUACAGGACUUGGUUGUCCAUAUAUUGCAAUAUGGAUAAGAAUUGUAUAAUUUCCAAUAUUUAUUGCAAUGCCCUUUAACAUAUUGAUACCGGUUAGUGUAGUCGAUCAUUAUUCUGUAUUCUGUUACUGUAGGAACACAUCCAUGUGUCACUAGAUAAGAAAAGGAUAUAAAAAUGCUCAACGUUUAGAAUAAGACACAAGCUUAUUUCCAUGCAUUUCAUAGAAUACAUACGUACUAUAGUAAUGAGAGCACAAAACAUAAUAUUAUAUAUAAGGCAAAGGACUUUUCUGUCCCUCAUCAGCUUUUGUCCACUUCUAUUUGCGAUGGGAUGGCAUGCUCUUGGCUGUUAUUGGGGGGACAUCUUUCUCAUAGGCAACCUGCAUUUGGAGGGCGACAAGCUUCCCAGGCCUAAUCUAUAGUAUUUAACUAAGGAGACAAAGAAAAUAUUGCUGGAUAAGACAGGAGGCCUUUUGCAGACCUCACACUUUUAUUUCCAAUCCUGCUAACUGUGGUUGACUACUACGAUCUCCUUGAAAAUCAUAUUUAAAGGAAAAGGAAAACUAUGGAGGCAUUAUAUUGCCAAUAGAUUAGCCACAAUAGUGCAAGCUAAAAAACUAUAUUUGUUCUGCAGAAUGCUUUACCAUACCUGAGUAAACAGCUCUAGAAGUUCUCUCUGUUUGUUUAGGAUAGCAGCUUCCAUAUUAGCUUGGUGUGACAUCACUUCCUGUCUGAGGCUGUCCCUGCUCGCUCAUAGCUUUGGGCUCAGAUUACAGCAGGGAGGAGGGAAAAGGGAGGGGGAGAGAGGAACAAACUGAGCAUGCUCAAGCCCGUGCCCUGGAGGUUUAAAAUGAAAACAGGAAGUCUGAUACAGAAGCCCAUGUGUACACAAUAGAAGGAAAUAAAUGUAGCAGCAUUACUUUGAGUGGUUAUUAGGGUAUUUAUAUAGACCUUUCUGAUAAAACUUUAAUUUAAUUUUAGCUUUUCCUCCUCCUUUAAAACAUGUCGUCACAAAAGAAAAUUAUGUUUAAGGAGGAUAUCAAUACCGAUGGACUAAAAUAUUUUACUUUGUACUUAAAACUGUACUUGUAUUGCAACCGAACAUACAUAAUGACACUUUAUAUGUAAUCUUGGCUUAUGCCUGGUGACUGCCAAUGUGUCAUUAGGUUAUUGGGCUUCUAAACAGAAACGUGUUUUUAAAAUUGAAUAUUGUGUAAUAUUGUUAUUGAACAUGUUAGAAAAUCUGCACACAUAUACUUUCACUGUGUUUGAAUUGCAAUAUGCACUAUUAACUGUAUUUGUCCUUAAUUAGUUAGUGCUUAUAUUAUUUUCAUAGCCUUUCUAGGCUCACAGUCAUUUCAAUUAACAUCUAUUCUUUUGAUAUAUAAUGGAAAAAAAAAUCUACAAAAAUAAAAUAAAACUUCUAUAAUAA